AUAUGAAAUUUUAAGCGUGAACAAUACGAGUAUAUUUUGCAAGCUGUUCUAAAGAGAAACCUAACGCAACAUUUGUAACGUAAGCUGACCGACCUCCCGCACCCUGUACAAGAUGAUUGAAACACUAGUAACAUCUGAAGUUCAAGAACUUCUUUACCAACUGAACUCACUUUUGGAGCAGGAGAUAAAAUGCCAGCCAAAAGCUUGUGGUUUGCGUCUUAUUGAAACGUCCCAUGAUAAUGGCCUAAGAAUGACUGCCAGGCUUCGUGACUUUGAAGUGAAGGAUUUGCUUAGCUUAACUCAGUUCUUUGGUUUUGGUACAGAAACAUUCUCUUUAUCUGUGAAACUCAUGGACAGGUUCUUAGCGAAAAUGAAGGUACAACCUAAACAUUUAGGUUGUAUAGGGCUGACCUGUUUCUACCUUGCUGUGAAAGCAAUAGAAGAAGAAAGAAAUGUGCCUCUUGCAACAGACUUGAUAAGAAUAAGCCGGUAUAAAUUCUCUGUGUUUGACAUGAUACAAAUGGAAAAGAUUGUGCUAGAAAAGCUUGGUUGGAAAGUGAAAGCUACAACUGCAUUACAUUUCUUGCAACUCUAUCAUUCCCUUGUCUAUGAAAACCUGACUACUGAAAGGAAAAAGCUGUUUGUCUUUGAAAGGCUUGAAUCACAUCUUAAAGCCAGUCAUUGUAGAAUUGGGUUUUCAAAAGACAAGCCAUCUAUAUUGGCACUGUCUAUAAUGGCAUUGGAGAUGCAGGAGCAGAAGUAGUUUGAGCUGAAUGAUGCUAUUGAAUGCCUCCAGAAACAUUCCAAGAUUGGCAGCAGAGACAUUUUGUGUUGGAAAGAAAUGGUAUCAAAGUGCCUUGCAGAGUAUUCUUCAAGCAAAUGUUCCAGGGCAAAUGUUCAGAAGCUGAAGUGGAUUGUGUCAGGGCGUACAGCACGACAGCUGAAGCACAGCUACUACAGAAUAGCACAUCUCCCUACAAUUCCAGAAUCUGGCUCUUAAGAGGUCCUCCAUUGAAAAUUAAACCUCCAUCUGACGAUGCUUAUGGACUCUGGUUUACCUGGAAUUCUCUUAACUGAAGACUGGAGGGGGAAAAAUAAACUUGGCAGCUAAUUUUGCAGUUCCCUGAA